UGGCCUGUUAUAGAAGGGCGGGGGAGGGGGAGGUAAGUUUUCUGAUAUAGGGUGGAGUCUCCUCCCCUCCCCCUCAGCUUCCUGGAUCUCAGAGACCGACAAUCAGCAGCGGGCCGCAGACGUCUCUCAGAGAACAUGACGCAGCUGACCCAGGACCUCGGCACCGCCUUCUUCCAGAAGCAACAACUCAGCGCCUCCAUGGCCGACACCUUCCUGGAGCACCUGUGCCUGCUGGACAUCGACUCGGAACCCCUGACUGCCCGCAACACCAGCAUCAUCUGCACCAUCGGCCCGGCGUCCCGCUCAGUGGAGAUGUUGAAGGAGAUGAUAAAGGCCGGAAUGAACAUUGCCCGGCUGAACUUCUCUCAUGGGACACACGAGUAUCACGCAGGCUCAAUCAAAAAUGUCAGAGAAGCCACAGAAAGCUUUGCUACAAACCCCAUGUUCUACAGACCAGUGGCCAUCGCCCUGGACACCAAGGGGCCCGAGAUUCGCACUGGGGUCAUCAAAACGGGGGAAAAUGCCGAGGUGGAGUUGGUGAAGGGUUCCCUCAUUAAAGUGGUGACGGAUGACGCGUUCCAGGAGAAGUGUGACGAGAAGACCCUCUGGGUGGACUACAAGAACAUCUUGAAGGUGGUGAAGGUCGGAGGACGGAUCUUUGUGGAUGACGGACUCAUCUCACUGCUGGUCAAAGAGAUUGGUUCAGACUUUUGUCUGGCGGAGGUGGAGAACGGGGGCAACCUGUGCAGCAGGAAGGGGGUAAAUCUUCCAGGGGCCGAGGUGGACCUUCCGGCGCUGUCUGAGCGGGAUCGCCUGGACCUCCAGUUUGGGAUUGAGCAGGGAGUGGAUAUGAUAUUCGCUUCAUUCAUCCGGAAGGCGCAGGACGUCCACGCCAUCCGCCAGGCGCUGGGAGAGAAGGGGAAGAAGAUCCGUAUCAUCAGCAAGAUAGAGAAUCACGAGGGGGUCAGGAGGUUUGAUGAGAUUCUUGAGGCCAGCGAUGGGAUCAUGGUCGCCCGUGGAGAUCUUGGCAUUGAAAUCCCGGCAGAGAAGGUGUUUCUGGCACAGAAAAUGAUGAUUGGACGGUGCAACCGGGCUGGAAAACCAGUCAUUUGUGCUACACAGAUGUUGGAAAGUAUGAUCAAGAAGCCACGCCCCACCCGAGCCGAGAGCAGCGACGUGGCCAACGCCGUGCUGGACGGAGCCGACUGCAUCAUGUUGUCGGGGGAGACGGCCAAGGGUCUGUAUCCGGUGGAGGCCGUUCAAAUGCAGCAUGCGAUCGCUCGAGAGGCCGAAUCCGCCAUCUACAACCAGCAGUUGUUUGAGGAGCUGCGCAGGUUGACCCCGCUGACCCAGGACCCCACAGAGGUCACCGCCAUCGGAGCCGUGGAGGCCUCCUUCAAAUGCUGCGCUGCGGCCAUCAUCGUCCUCACCAUCUCCGGCAGGAGUGCCCAGGUUCUGUCCCGGUAUCGCCCGCGCGCCCCCAUCAUCGCAGUGACACGGAACGAGCAGGUGGCUCGCCAGGCUCAUCUGAACCGCGGCGUGUUUCCCGUCAUUUACCGCGACUCCCAGCUGGAGGUCUGGGCCGACGACGUGGACCGCAGGGUGCAAUUCGGCACGGAAGUCGGGAAAGUUCGCGGUUUCCUCCACAAGGACGACAUGGUCAUCAUCCUGACCGGCUGGAGACCCGGCUCCGGCUUCACCAACAUCAUGCAGGUGGUCAGAGUGUCGUAGAGCGGCGUCGGGCGCGGCUGACCCGCAGAGCUUGCACUCCACAUGUACGUUUCCAGGAUGAUUUUGUCAAUAAAGGUUUCCACAGCUUUA